AUGCAUUAUCAGCUGUUGGUUGUUGUCCAAUUUGUUUUCAUUAUAUACGACAUCUUUGCAAAUUCAAUCGCUGAUCAUAUUGGUUCCCUCAAUGUUCGGUUGCUUGUCGUUUACAUGUAACUCCCAUUUUGGGCAUUUAAACAUUGCUUUCAGCCUUCAAGACUUGAUUGUUGUAUUCGCCGUCAUAGUUAUCGCCUUACAGCUCUUUAACACAUAUCUAUUUCAAGCUGGAUUCAUGCGACUAUUAUUCACACAACUGAGGGGGACUUUUCUUGUUGUUUUUAUAUACUUCGCUCUUUGUGUUGCAGCACAUUCCUGGGGCUUGGUAAGUUGGUGUAGUUUAUUUCAAAAUGCCCAUCACAUGUAGAUUUUGAGAUGGAACAAUACAAAACAAUUGGUCUCAAAUCCAGGUUACCUUGCACUUGUUGCCGGCCAGCGUACAUGUAACUCUUUUUGUAUUCAUAUUAGCCUUUUGCAGAGCCUAAGGGGGGCACGAUUUCGGAAAGAUCUAUGAUAUUUUACUGAGCUGGUUUACGAAAUAUAAAUAACAAGUCAGGUAACAUCUCAGCCGUGAAGAUGCUGCGCAUGCCUACGGUUCGCAGUCGGGGUAGAGACUUAAAUUAAUUGCGUGUGUACACACCUCGACUGCUUAUAAGCAGUCGAGGUGCGUACACACGGGAAUGUAUACAUUCCCAUUAAUUGUACAAGAAGCAAGGUAAUUAACUGCCAACUGACAGGUAGCCGAAUGUCUCACUUAAUCGACCUACCGGUAGAAGUUUUGCAGUUGACGACAGCAAAAAAUAUGCUAUCUCAGUGCAAACUACUGCCUUUAUGGCUUAGUUUGAACGGAUGGCGCCCCAACUACAGUGGAAAUCUGACCUUCUGGGUUUUUCGAAAUCCUCAAAGUGUCAUGACAGUUGUCUGACUGUGUAGCAAAAUUCGCCUAUCAUAAAUAUUCAUUUUUGGGACUUCUCGCACAAAUCAUAUGGCUUGUGAACUCGUAUAGUUUUAUAUCAUAAGCAUGCAAAAAAUUGUGUUUACUUUUAAUUUCCUCUUCACCUUUAAGACCAUGUUUUCCGUUAGAAUGUUUACAGCGCUGAAAAAUUAACAAAAUGGCUUAUCUUUAAAUUUUUCGGCGGACAAGUUAUUUGGAAGAAUUUUGACCUAACUGGUGCUACCAAUCGUUUACAAAAUUUCUGUUAAGACAGCUAGGAUACCAGCUGAUAAACCGGAUCCAUCUGACUGAGGAUUACGUUAUACUUAUGUUGGGUAGUCAGAGGCAACGUUUAAUAAACCAUUUGGGGUGCUAGUAUGUCAUUGGAUAUUGUCGAGCAAUAUGUCCAACGUAAGCGUUAUUGGCAGGCAACAGUGAUAAAUAGUUUUCUGGCAUUCAGCCCCUGCAUGGAUCGAGUCGACCAUAUGGUUUUCUUUGACAGUGGAAUUCACCGUAAUAUCAUAUUAACAAACCUACCUCUUAUAUUUGAAGACUUCUCUAACACCAGCAUUUCCAACUCCACCUCCACCACUCUCUUUAAUACUGGUGGCAUCGAACGUCAAAAGGCCACCAGUUAACACCCUGUUUUAAAUGCAAUGGUGCGUUUGUACUACACAUCGGCCUAAUCGGACAUUUACAACUCCUCCGCACUAAGACUGGCGUAUUGGUUCCAGUGUCAUAAAUGCAUCCUAUAAAUACUACAACUUCCUGUGCGUUAAUCACCCGUAUCUGCCACUUUCUCUGAUGACGACUUCGAGCGAGAAUCCGAAACGUCAGGCGAAUAAAGCUCUUGCUCCAGCGAGCGCUUCUACUCAUUAUCAACUGUUCCUGGAACUCGUAUCUUGGUUUGUAUCAACUAUUAUCAAAGGCAGAAAAAACUGUUUUGGUAAUACCUAAGCAAAUGAGUUCUUAAGUUAAUGAUGAUUAGGCUACGGAAUCUGUCUUAAUCUAUCGGGUCUGGGAAUGCCCGUUCGGACGAACAGUGACAAGAAUGUGGACUACGCAAAAAGAAAUUAUAACAGUAUUUAAAAAGGCAGUUAAUCCUCCAACUUAUUUACACUGCUCAAUAGUAUUUUAGAUCUUUGCCGCUUUUCUCUAUACUCCAUUGACUACAGCACAUUCCAUAAUGUUGUCAAAUAUUCUCACAUGAUCACGACGGGUAUGACCAAAUCUCGUUAUUUGUUAGCUUCUUUAUGAUCUGCAGGUAUUAGCAUUGGUCACGUUGGUAAUUUUCUAGACUUUCUUUAUAUUCUCCGACUCAUCUAGUGAAAAUUUGAUCGUGUUCUUACUAAUUUUUGGAGUUCGAGUGACAUGUUAUUGACUUCAGGACACAAGUUUCGUUUAUUUGUUCGUUGUUUUUACUAAACUAAGUAUUUUAACGGCAAAAAAACUUAGAAAAACAAUCUUAAUCAAAACUGUCAGCCAAAGUUACGCGUGCUGGACCGUUUCUUGCAUAAAAAUUACGACGUACCAUAACGAGGCCUAGUCAAAUGUUCUUACUGCCUAUGGAAGAACAAUGUGUCUCGGAAUGUUAUAGAAGAUUCAGUUUACGUUCACCUUGACAAAUCGGCUUUAUUUAGGCACCGAAAAAUCGUAAUAGUGUAAUUUCUUAGUUCUUCGGCAUCUGCUUAUGUCUUUUUCUAGUCUACAAAGGCAACUAUUUGAUAUUCCUAUCAUAGAGUCUUCGCGAACAGAUUGUUGCUUUAUAAACACGACAUUCUGAGGUUUUUACGCUCUGUGGAGCAUUUUAGCCUAUUUUGAUUGAUUUUUGCUUGACUAAUGCUUUACCAGUCACCAGUUGGAUCUGCACUCUGGAACACUUGAUCUUAACAAAGUGCCUGCUGUUAGUUUCGAUUUUGCAAUGAGUAGGGGCCUGAAUGUUAAGCUUCUGCAGUGCAGACAUGCUUCUCAGAGUCUGCAGUCAGUUACAAGUAAAUGCAAGAGUAUUAUUAUUUUUAUAUUGCAUUUCGGGACAGACUAGGGCUCAGGACGUAACUGGUGGUGUUCUGUUGGUGGUUAGUUAUUGCAUACCGGUCUCUCUGACGCCCUGAUUGUGAUAUUGUCUAUAGCGAGCUUUAUUCACAAAAUAUGAUAUGAUUGCUGAUAACAGAGUUUAUCACUGUCUUUUUUUGUAAAACUUUAGCUUAAUCUUGGGACGUUUCUCGCCCAAAUCUGUACUUUAGGACAUAUUUGGGUCUUUGUGGUUGAACCUCUUAAAUACCUGUUCACCUUCUCAACUGCUCACUUCAGUGAGAUUGAAACUGAUUCCUUCCCUAUUUAGGGUCAAUUGUAUAUUAUCACUUCUUCAAACGAACGAUCUACUUCCUGGGUGACCGCAAACUUUACUGUGAUGGUGUCUGGAUCCGUUCCAAACUGGAAAGCAAAAACUAA